AUUAAAACAUAUUUUAUUAAUCAGAUAAUCAUGAUCCAUUCAGUAUUAAUAUUUAACAAUGACGGACUUCCAAGAUUAAUGAAGUUUUAUACUCAUGUGGAAAUACCGACACAACGUCUUUUACUUCAACAAGUUCACCAACUCAUAUCGAAAAGAACAGCAAAGGAAUGUUCCUUUAUCACUCCACCACCAUUGCUUGAAGAUUUAGAUGACAUUAAAGUCAUCUACAGACACUAUGCGACGUUAUACUUUGUAUUCAUUGUGGAUGAUCAAGAAUCUGAAUUGGGAAUAUUAGAUUUGAUCCAAGUAUUUGUAGAAUGUUUAGAUAAAUGUUUUAAUAAUGUUUGUGAAUUGGAUCUAGUAUUUGGUUGGCAAGUAUUGGAAACAGUUUUGGAAGAAAUUAUUCAAGGAGGAAUGGUUAUAGAUACAAAUAUAAGCAGAAUUGUAUCUGCAGUGGAUAAUGCCAAUAGUCAAAAGGCACCUGCUCUGGGUCUUGGAACAGGCUUUCUACUGGCAAAAAGUUUUGGUUGGAGGACUUAAUACGGUUACAAAAAUAUAAUGGAGGAAAUACUUGAUGUGUUUUAUUUUCAUUGAUUCAAAAAAAGCUAUAUACAGAUAUUAAUAUAAAUAUCAUUUCAUAAUUGUUCCACGUAAGUGCCUCUAACUUAAAUCACCGACAAGUUAUGGCUUGUAUUUAUAAGAGUCCUUGUCAUACAUUACCUCGUAGCAUGACCCUUUUUUCUUAAAAGAAAAGGAAACUUAGUCAAUUCAAACUGU